GUUUGCCAUGUUUUCCAUUCAACAACAUGGCGUUGCGCAUGAAAGUAGGAUGUGAUCUGUGUGAAUGAGUAAUAAGGAAAACGAGGGUGGUGCGUUGACUCAUAUAAUUGAAUUUUUUAAAUUCAUGUAUCAAAAUUAAAAGCAAAACAAUGGUGUACCAUUGGCAGUCGCAUAAUGUCAAACUCUCAGGAGUGGAUGACAUGGUUCUCCUACCCAAAAUUACUGAAGAUGCAAUUGUGGAGAACCUGAAGAGGCGGUACAUGGAUGACUAUAUAUUUACAUGCAUAGGCCCAGUUCUUGUUUCAAUAAAUCCUUUCAAACAGAUGCCUUACUUUGGGGAGAAAGAAGUGGAAAUCUAUCAAGGAGCUGCACCAUAUGAGAAUCCACCACAUAUAUAUGGUCUGGCUGAUAAUAUGUACAGGAAUUUAUUAAUAGAUAAUGAAAAUCAGUGUGUAAUAAUCAGUGGUGAGUCUGGAGCAGGCAAGACAGUUGCAGCGAAGUACAUUAUGUCUUACAUUGCAAGAAUAUCUGGAGGUGGCACAAGAGUCCAACACAUAAAGGACGUUAUCCUCGAGUCAAAUCCACUCCUGGAAGCAUUUGGAAAUGCCAAGACUGUACGAAAUAAUAACUCCAGCAGAUUUGGAAAGUAUGUAGAAAUUCUGUUUGGAAGUGGAGGACAACCAGAAGGGGGUCGCAUUUCAAACUUCUUACUAGAAAAAUCCAGGGUGACUAUGCAGAAUGUUGGAGAAAGAAAUUUCCAUAUAUUCUAUCAGCUUUGUUCAGGUGCUUCUGAUAGCAUGAAGAAAAACUUUGGUUUAUGCCAGUUGGAUUAUUACCAUUAUCUCAGCUACGGUGGCAAUCACAAAGUAGAGGGAACUAAUGAUGCCCAUGAUUUUCAAGAAACACUCCGAGCAAUGAAUGUGAUGGGUCUGACAGAUAAGGAACAAAGCAACAUCUUACAAGUGGUGGCAGGCAUCCUCCAUCUUGGUAAUGUCAUGUUCAUGGAGAAGGGAAACUAUUCAGAGAUUCAGGAUCAGGAUGCGCUUGCAUUUCCUUCGUUCUUGUUUGAGGUGGUCCACGAUCAUCUGAAAAGCAAACUUACUAGCCGCAGGUUUGACAGCAAGUGGGGAGCACAGUCAGACACCAUUGACGUAACACUCAAUGUAGAGCAAGCUUUGUAUACAAGAGAUGCUUUGGCCAAGGGCAUCUAUGCACGGUUGUUUGAUUACCUCGUGAAACGAGUUAAUGGUGCCAUGGAAACUAAUGUUAAUGGAUAUGGCAUUGGUAUACUAGAUAUAUAUGGAUUCGAAAUCUUUGAAAGGAAUGGCUUCGAGCAGUUCUGCAUCAACUUUGUUAACGAGAAACUGCAACAGAUCUUCAUCGAACUGACCCUCAAGGCUGAGCAGGAAGAAUACGUUGCAGAAAACAUUAAAUGGACUGCAAUCGAUUACUUCAAUAACAAAGUGGUGUGUGAUCUUAUUGAGAGCAAGCGACCUCCAGGACUGUUUUCGGUGAUGGACGAUGUCUGUGCAACCAUGCAUGCUGUUUCUGAAGGUGCUGACCACGAUCUGCAGAAGAAACUGACAACAGCAUCAGGCACACAUCAACACUAUCAGUCCUGUAAAGAGGGUUUUAUCAUCCACCACUAUGCUGGUAUUGUAACUUACAAUGUUGAAGGAUUCUGCGACCGCAAUCGGGACGUAUUAUUUCCUGAUUUGGUGGAGCUCAUGCAGAGCAGUUCUAAUGCAUUCCUUUGUAGCCUGUUCCCUGACCAGAUUAACACAAACAGCAAGUCUCGUCCCACCACAGCUGGCAGCAAGAUUAGAACUCAAGCCAACAAACUUGUGGAUGAAUUGAUGAAAUGCACACCUCACUACAUCAGAUGCAUUAAACCUAAUGAAACCAAACGUCCAAGAGAUUGGGAGGAGCUGAGGGUGAAGCAUCAGGUUGAAUAUUUAGGGUUGAAAGAAAACAUUCGUGUUCGUAGAGCUGGAUUUGCAUACAGAAGACCAUUCAACAAGUUUCUUCACAGGUAUGCCAUCCUGACCAAAGAAACUUGGCCUUGCUGGAAGGGUGACGAUAGAAAAGGAAUAGAGUGGAUUAUGAGAAGUGUCCACAUGGAGAAGAGCCAGUUUCAGCUUGGUAAAACCAAGGUGUUCGUCAAAGCUCCAGAAUCUCUGUUCAUGUUGGAGGACCAAAGAGACAGGAAGUAUAAUCACUAUGCAAGAGUAAUUCAGAAGGCAUUCAAGAAGUACUUUGCUCGCCGUCAGCAUGACAGACAAAAGGAAGAAGCUGCAAAUCUGAUGUUUGGUAAGAAGGAACGGAGGCGAUACUCAAUAAAUCGCAACUUUGCUGGUGACUACAUCGGUCUUGAUUCGAGACCCAUCCUCCAGAGCCUUGUUGGUCGGCGAGAGAAAGUGGCAUUUGCUGAAGUGGUGAAGAAGUAUGAUCGGCGAUUUAAGGCAGCUCGCAGGGAUCUGGUAUUGACAUCUCGCUCUAUUUUCUUAAUUGGAAGAGAAGCAAUAAAGAAAGGACCUGAGAAAGGGAAGGCUAUUGAAGUGAUGAAGCGAAAAUUAGACUUCGAAAAUAUCAGCCAUGUGUCACUUAGUGCAUUGCAGGAUGACUUCUUGAUUCUACAUAUGAAAGAAGACUAUGACAGUUUCCUUGAGAUGGUAUUUAAGACAGAGUUCUUGUUGUUGCUGAGCAAGAAGUACCAUAACCAAAUAGGACGUGAUAUCACAGUCAGAUUCUCAAACAGCCUGGAUUUCAGGGUGAAGAAGGAAGGUUGGGGUGGUGGUGGAACUCGUCAGGUUAAGUUUGUAUCUGCAGGAACAUCAGACAUGGCUCUUCUCAAACCACUGGGCAAAGUUCUUACUGUUGUAAUUGGCCCAGGAUUGCCCAGUAAUUCUAAACCCAUUCUGCAGCGUGUAGUUGUGGGAGGCAGGCAAUCGAGAGUUCAGAGAAAUAACAUAAAACAGGAACUUGGUACCCUGAAGCCACAAAUAACACCUCGACAACCCGGAAGUUCACCUUCAAGACCAGCACCACGAUUGCCUUCAUGCUCUGCUCCCCGCUCUAGUAUUAGGGCACCUCCUCCCCCAAGUGAGCCUGCACCGCCAAACCAACCUACUGUUCGCCCAGGCUUCAGGCUUCCACCUUUCAGUGGUGGGUCAGGAAAUGCUCCAGGCCAGGUACCAGUCCUACCAACUGCUUCAGUUUCUCGAUCAAAACAGCCAGUUAAAACCAUUAAUCAUCAAAACUUUAUGCAGACACCACAGGCAGGCGUGGCUGGGUGA